ACUUGCAUUCCUUUCUCUGCAAAACUUCUGCGAAAAGCUUUAUUGUGCGUUUCCUGUGCGUGAACUGCGGUAACAACUGGGGAUCUCUACAUCAAAUCUUUCGAAACCGAAAUCAGCUGAAAUGGAUCAGACAAGGAAAGAGGCAGUGUUUGCGGCUUCAGUUGAGACAGAGGAGGAGGUGCCACAGCUGAAGAGGAAGGGCUGGGAGGAGAGGAGGGCACUGCAGAAGAAGCAGAGGGUGGUGGAGGAGGAGACGGGGAAUGAGUUGGAGGAGGGGGCUGAGGUACGAGCUCCUGGUAAGGGAAAGGGCCCUAUUCCCCCACUGGGGCCUCAGAGCAGCCUGUUCGAGGCGAAGAACAUAACGGGGGCCAGGUGGUUCAUCAACAACACCUUCCCCGAGGUGGACCAAAGCAACGCACAGGAGGAAGCUCUGAGGUAUGGUGGAGCGUUCGUGGUGAAGCAUGUUCUAGAGGUAAAGUGCGAGCUCGGUGAAUGGUCUAGCCCAGGAAUUCAGGGAGAGCCUGAAGGGUCAUGCACUCUUGCAGAGGCAGCGGGACCAGCUGCAGAAGGAGAAGGAGGAUUGGAGCAGGAGAGGGCUUCCCUGAGCACCAAGCUCACUUUUGAGGAGAGCAAACGAAGGAUCGUUGAAAGCAAGCGUGAGGCUCAGGCGCAAGAAAUGAAGCUGAUGACAGAGGCAUUCAAGGAGCUGAAGGGGAACAUGCGGAAGUUAGUGCAUAAUGGGAUGAAGGAGCACAUCAGCAACUUCAUCAGUUCCAACUCCUUUGAUAGCAUCGUCAACCUGUAUCGGCUGCCCACUGCCAUCAUCGCUUUUACAGACUGCAGAAAGAAGGUGAAGGCUGAAUAUCCCGAAGUGGAUGUGAUGAAGAUCACCUUCGGCGAGCAAGAAGGAGGAGUGGAUGAGGAUGGCGAGAGCAUGUCAGCAGACUUCCGUCCUCUGAUUAAGCUGAGGUGGGAGGAUGAUGCAGACGGUCUUGCUGUUUUUCCUCCACAGUUCGACUUCGAGUUCGUUGUAGUGGAGGAAGAAGGGGCAGAGGUAGAGGAGGGCGAGAUGGAGGCAGGAGUGGAGGGAACUGAAGUGGGUGAGGUCCAACUAGUUCCAAAAGUGGAGAUUCAUCCAGUUCCUUCUGACGAUGAGCAGCCUCCUCUGCCAGAUGAGCAGCAGCCAACUCAGCCACCUCCUCCAACUGAGUAGAAGCCAGUGGAGCCACCUCUCCCAUCAGAGAAAUAAUUUUGUUUUUUGAUUUUUUGUAAAGACAAUUAAACAGUUUGUAAUAUUUAUGUUAUUCUGAAUGAAAAUUCAUUUUUUAA